AAAAUUGGCUUAGUAUUUGUAAAUUUAUUUUAUUUUUGCAAAUUUACUUUAAAAAGUACAAACUUUGAUACUAGGUAUACACAAAUGUUUUGUACACUGUAAAUCCAUAGAAAGAUGUGGAGGGGUACCCAGCAACAAUUGUAUUCUUUGGGCAGGGAGAUUAGAUUGUGUGGUAAAAGGUAACUUUUUACUCUCUAUAUACCUGUAUUUUAAAAACACUUCUUACAGUAAACAAUCAUAAUUAUGUAAGUUUAAGAAAUGGUCAAAAAGUAAGGAGACAAAUCACAGACUGGGAGAAAGUAGUUCAUAAAGACAUCUGAUAAAGGACUAUUAUCCAAAAUAUGCAAAGAAAUCUUAAAACUCUACAAUAAAAACAAAUAACUGGGUUAAAAAGUGGGCAAAAGAGGUACAGAUAGCAAGUAAGUAUAUGAAAGAUGCUCCAUAUACGGUAUCAGGGAAAUCCAAAUUAAAAAAUGAGAUAUGACUAUAUUAUAUGUUAGAAUUGCCAAAAUCCACAACACUGACAACACCAAAUGCUAGUGAGAAUGUGGGGCAACAGGAACUCUCAUUUAUGGGUGGGGGACAUACAAUGGUACAGCCACUUUCAAAGCUUCGUUGUUUCUUAAAAAACUAAUAUGCUCUUACCAGAUGAUUCAGCAAUUGUGGCCCUUAGUACAUACCCAAAGGAACUGAAAAUUUAUGUCCACACAAAAACCUGUACACAGGUAUUUAUAGUAGCUUUAUUCAUAAUUACCCAAACUUGGAAGUAACUAAGAUGUCCAUUCCUGACCAAGUCCGUCUUUUCCACUAGCUCUGAGCACUCAGCCUCUAUCUCAGAGAAAACAAACUGAACCGUUCACCAAUAUUUACUCAACGCGGAGGAAUGGGAAUGGUAUUUUUUAACUUUUUCAUUUUUCUUGAUUUCCAUAUUUCAACAACCAGCCCUUUUCGCGUUCAUUAAAGCACCGGAAGGCCCAACCCUAGUUCAACGCCAGCCCACCAAGUUCUUCUUCAGGAGGCGCAGGCGCACUCGCCAGGGCCUUCUGGGGCCCGACGGGGGCAAGGGGCGGGGCUCGGGGGCACGUAGCCGGCACGCACCUGGCUCGCCGGGUCGUAGGGGUCUCUGUGGGCUCUGGUUGGUUCUCCGCUGGGGCUGGCCUCUUCGAAGCGAGUGCUGCAGACCGAGAAGGUUUGGGCCUGGCAGGAGACAUGUUUGUGGCACGCAGCAUCGCGGCGGACCACAAGGACCUCAUCCAUGAUGUUUCUUUCGACUUCCACGGGCGGCGGAUGGCGACCUGCUCCAGCGACCAGAGCGUAAAGGUCUGGGAUAAAAGUGAAAGUGGUGAUUGGCAUUGUACUGCUAGCUGGAAGACACAUAGUGGAUCUGUGUGGCGUGUGACAUGGGCCCAUCCUGAAUUUGGACAAGUUUUAGCUUCCUGUUCUUUUGACCGAACAGCUGCUGUAUGGGAAGAAAUAGUAGGAGAAUCAAAUGAUAAACUGCGAGGACAGAGUCAUUGGGUUAAGAGGACAACUCUAGUGGACAGCAGAACAUCUGUUACUGAUGUGAAAUUUGCUCCUAAGCAUAUGGGUCUUAUGUUAGCAACCUGUUCAGCAGAUGGUAUAGUAAGAAUAUAUGAGGCACCAGAUGUCAUGAAUCUCAGUCAGUGGUCUCUACAGCAUGAGAUCUCAUGUAAGCUAAGCUGUAGUUGUAUUUCUUGGAACCCUUCAAGCUCUCGUGCUCAUUCCCCCAUGAUAGCUGUAGGAAGUGAUGACAGUAGUCCAAAUGCAAUGGCCAAAGUUCAGAUUUUCGAAUAUAAUGAAAACACCAGGAAAUAUGCAAAAGCUGAAACCCUCAUGACAGUUACUGAUCCUGUCCAUGAUAUUGCAUUUGCUCCAAACUUGGGAAGGUCUUACCACAUUCUAGCCAUAGCAACCAAAGAUGUGAGAAUUUUUACAUUAAAGCCUGUGAGGAAAGAACUUACAUCUUCUGGUGGGCCAUCAAAAUUUGAAAUCCAUAUAGUGGCUCAGUUUGAUAAUCAUAAUUCUCAGGUAUGGCGAGUGAGUUGGAAUAUAACAGGAACAGUGCUGGCAUCUUCAGGUGAUGAUGGCUGUGUAAGAUUAUGGAAAGCUAAUUAUAUGGACAAUUGGAAGUGUACUGGUAUUUUGAAAGGUAAUGGGAGCCCUGUCAGUGGGAGUUCUCAGCAGGGAAACACAAAUCCUUCCCUAGGUUCAAAUAUCUCAAAUCUUCAAAAUUCAUUAAAUGGAUCCUCUGCUGGCAGAAAACACAGCUGAGUACCAGCUAACUGGAGUAACUUUGCUGUUUGCUGCUUGUUGCAUGCAUACGGGAAUGGAAAGUGAGCUCCUUUUUCCCUAUCCCAGCACCAUUUGACCUCUCCCAAGAUACACCAGCGGCCUGCUUACUACUAAAUGCAAUCCAAAGGCUCUUAAAAAUACAGUAUAUAUCUUUCCUUUGUAUUAGCCAGGUUAUUGACACUAUUUGAAACUUUUGAAAUACUAAUGGAGAGGCUUUUCGUUCAGACACUGUAACCAAAACUUUUUUUGAAAUGUUUCUGAAACUAACAUGGGUUUUAAAAUGAAAAGGAUUAUUACCAUCCUUACAAGUAUUUGGGAGGAGGGAAAAUAUCGCUUUAUUUGGAGAAUAUAGGCCUAUUUCCUUUGCUUUCUAAAACAGUAAGAUAAAAUGAUGAAAGUGGAUAAUUUUAAUUUGAAGAUUGAAUAGAUAUUUUUCAUGAAGGUAGCUUUGAGUGUUAAUUUGUUUACCUUUUGUAGAAUUGGUGCGUACAUGAUAUUAUUCAGUACAACUCUGUCAUUUCUUUAUAAUAUUUUAAAAAUAUUAGUAAAGGGGAAAAAAGUACCGUAUUUUUUGGACUGUAAGAUACACCUAGGUUUUAGAGGAGGAAAAUAGGAAAAAAAUUUUGAAGCAAAAAAUGUGGUAAAAUAUUUAAUAACAUAGAUGGCAUAAUAGUUCACCAGUGUAAAUGUAAACAGAACUCAGACACAUUAACAACCAUUAUUUUUCCCAAAUGGGGGUGGUGAGUGCGUCCUAUAGUCCAAAAAAUACGAUAAUAGUAAAAUGAAAAACUGCACAGUUUGUAGCCAAAUUAAACAUUUGGUAUUGCUUCAUUUAAAGUUUGGUAGUGAAAUGGAAACAUCUUUGUAAGUUUUUGAUUCCUAUUUGCUAAAGAAAUUAACAUUUUUAAUAUGUGCUUGUAUACUUUUAUGGUGUAAUUUGAUGGUUUAAAGUUCACGUCAAAAUUUGGAAACGUACUAUAAGAGAAGCAGUUAAAAUUUUGCUGAAAUUGUGCAUGCACAUCUUCCACAUUCUUUGUCCCAGAAUUUUCUUAGUUGGCUGCUUCAUAUAGUUCAUAUCCUAUAGAAAUAAAUGUGACUUUGAUGACAAGGCUAUAAAUCUUUGUUGGCUAAAUUAAUGCACAUAAUUAUUAUUGAUAAUUUAUAAAAUGGCAGAAAACAAUAGCACAUAUUCUUUGAGCCCUUUUAGUUAUCAAAAGUUUGUGCUAUACUAAGGUUUUUCAGAAAAACAACUAAGAAUAUUCAAAGAUUGUUGUUCUUUGAAAUCCAAAGUAUAUUUGAAUUGGUUUUCAGUAUCAUGUUUGAAUUUUAAAAAACUUUGUGCCUGCUGCUACUACAAAUGAAGCAUUGCUUAAAAUAAAGAAAAAACUUAUUAGAUUUGUAAAUUUACAGGAUAGCAUCAAAUGUUUCUGAGAGAUUAGAAAAUGUUUUAAAUUGUAAAAUUUGUCCUUUGUACAUUCAUGCUGCUAAUUUUUUUUGACAUUUUAAGUUUAACAGAUCAUAGUUUUUUCUUUAAAAUUUCUGUACUUAUUUAGGCAAGCUUGGUUUGAGUAAGGAUCUUAAUUUUUGCUAUUAUGUUCUAUUAGUUUUGGCAUGAAUAUACUAAAGCUUUUUUUUUAAGCAUGUGUUUUAUUCUGUUUGGUUCUCUUUGUAUUUACCACUUCUCUCUCUCUCUUUUUUUUCUUUUUCUGUGGUUUUGUUCUGUUUUGGUGUUUUCCUGUCUUCAUUGUUGCAGAUAUUUCUUUCCCCUUCUGGAUUCCCCAAGAGCUGGAUCGAGAUGGUCCAGUUAUACACACCUCCUUUGUCCUCCUCUUCCUCUUGUUGUAGAGCACUCUUGUGAUGUUGACACUGCCAACCUCCAAUAUCCUCACCCUUGCAG